AUCAUUACAUAUUAAAAAUAGAAAGAUUUUGAAUCAAUAUCUCAACAUCUAACGCUAAAUGUGGCAUGCACACAAUCACACCAAAUCAUUUUUUUAAUUGACAAUAAGAAAAAAUAAAUCUAACAACUUUUACUAUCGUCUAUAGGGUUGGUUUUAUGUUCCCCAACGGCCAUUCCCACCUUGAGCCCCUAAAGCUUUAAAAAAAAAAAAAAAAAAAAAAAAAAUGAAAUCCAACUUUCUCUCACUAUCCAAAUAUUUUUAUCUUUCUUGCUAAAGGAAAUUGCAGUAUUUUACUGGUUUGUGUGACCUGACCCGAAUCCUCAGUUAUAAAUUAAAACCAGGAGAAAGAAGUCACUUUUGACUUGCACAGAGAGAGAAAUAAACUGAAAAGGAGAGAAAAUGGCAAACAAGUCUCCUAUAUUCCCAAUGCCAGAACCUCAACACUUCAGCGACUAUGGCUUUGACCCACAAAUCGACUACUUUCAGUUCUUGGAAGAAGCAAGAAAGCAUAAGAGAGAAACAGCAAGGUCGAUAGAUUCUUUACACUUCAAGCUUCAAAAACCCAUUUCAAAAGAUGAAUACUCUAAUAAAAAACCCCACAAGAACAAGAAGAAACGUUGGUGGAAAAAAGCUUUCUUGUUCUUGAAAUGGAAAUGGGUCCAGACCCAACAAGAUGAUUUUGCUGAUGAAGAUGUGCAUAAAGCAAGGGCUAGAGCUUUCAGGGCAUCGAUAUCAGGUCCUGUGUAUAUAACUGAAAGCAGAAGUGGGUCAAGUACUCCUUACAGGACGACUAGCCGCCCAUCGUCAGGUCCACUGGCCGGAACUUUAACGCCAGCAAGAAAGGGUGAUUUGGAGAUACCAUAUUUGAGUCUUAGAGAGCUUAACGUGGAACAGCAACAGCAGCAGCAUCAAAGGAUGUCUACUUCUUCCAUGCCAAUAUACUUGGUCACUUGAAAUGUUUCAGUUCUUGAAGCUUUUUUUUUCUUUCAAGAUUCUGUUCUUUUUUUAAGAUGUUAGUUCCCUGACCACUUACUGGUGGGCUUUAGGUGAUGCGUUCGGCUUUUGCUCGAAGGGUUAACCAUUAUUAAUAUUAUCUUAUUGGUUUUUCCCCCUUCCUUUUCUGCUUUGUGUAAAAACUGCAAAAAGGUAUUUGUUUUGAUGCU